AUGAUGUUAGAAGGUGGUACGGUCAGGCUUCACAUAACAAACAAACACAUAUCUCACAAAUGGAAAAUGCCAUUUGCUUAA